AUUCAAGAGCAAGAGUUCAUGCUAGACUAUCCGUAAAUGUGGAAGAUGAUGUUCAAUUCACUUUGUGUAGUUAUUUUUAAAUAGCAAUGAGAAUGAGACGUUGGUGGUGCCUAUUUGGGAUUAUUCCAGUAAUAGAAAUAGUUUUAGGGAUAGUAAGGGUGUCUGAACGAUGCCCAGAUGUAUGUAUUUGUGCGAAUCAUGUUACCGAUUGUCAGAGAGCAGAUUUGACUGAUUUACCCAACGGUAUAGACCCAGAUGUAAUGAGCCUAGAUAUGUCUAUCAACAGCCUAGAAGAAAUUCCAUCAGGACUGAAAUAUUACCCUCACCUAAAAUAUGUAAACAUGUCACACAAUCGGAUAGCAAUCUUGGGCCAUCAAGACUUUAAUGGAUUGUCUAAUUUAACAACUUUGGACUUGUCCUUCAACAAUUUUCUUGACUGGAGGGAUAUACAGGCACAAACAUUUGUGAAUUUAAAAAAAUUAGAGUCGAUGAACUUUUCUAGUAACCCUCUAAGGGUUCUCUCAAUAUCACACUUUAAUUUACAACCUUUAAAGAGCCUUCUACUAAAUAAUUGUUCCAUUGAACUAAUACCUAAGGGAUUUGUGAAAAGUAUUCCCAAUUUAAAAGAAUUAUAUUUAGCACAUAACCCAAUUGGCAGUUUAAGAGUAAAUAUGAGCUCAAAAACGUUAAAAGUAUUGGACUUAAGUAACUGUCACUUAAGUCGAAUAAGUGAAUAUGCGUUUACGUACCUAGAAACAUUAGAAACAUUGUAUUUAAAUAAAAACAGGUUUCUUAGAAAUAUUACUAUUAACUCAGAAACAUUACUUUACUUAGAUAUAUCUGAGAGCUUUUUAGAGAGCAUACCACAUGGUAGCAUGCGCGAACUUAGAAGCUUAAAUUUAUACGGAAAUAUGUUACGAGAACUAAGAAAUAACAAAUUUAUAAACACUCCAAAUCUAGUAACCCUUAAUUUGUCUCUAAAUGCGAUUACCUCGAUAGAUAGAAAUGCAUUUAGAGGUUUGGAAUACGUUAAAGCUAUAGACCUGUCAUUUAACAAACUCAAUAUUAUACCUGUAGGUGCUUUCUUUUCUACCAAGAGCUUAAUAAGAUUAAAUGUAUCACACAACUAUUUAUCUUCAAUAGACAAUUUGAACAGCGUAUCAUUGAAUGGAUUAGAUGCUAGUUAUUGUGAAAUUAGCACUGUCUCACCAGACUCUCUUUCUCGACUACCAAAGUUAUCCUACUUAUCUUUAAAAAGAAAUUUCAUAACCACGUUGCCGGACAAUUGGUCAGCUCAGUACCUUCGCUCCUUAGAUUUAAGCGACUGUAGAAUCAAAACUAUAAACAACAAAACUUUUUCACAAAUGUCUUCCUUACAAGAAAUUGAUCUUUCCAGUAACCGCCUAACGACAGUACAUUACACUAAUUUUCCUCGAAAUAUACUAGUAAUAUCAAUCACAGAUAACUUAUGGAGAUGUGACUGUUCAGUGUUGAAAGAAACCUACGAAUGGUUGCAGCUGCAUGGUUCUUUCGUCGAUGAACUAAUCUGCGAUUCCCCUGAAAGUGUAGAUGGUCAAAAUUGGUUAAUGGCAUGUCAGUCACAAUGGUAUCCAUCCUCGGAAAAAAAAGAUCACCUAUGGUGGUACUCCAUUGCUUUAUUAAUAUCAAUGUUAGUUCUUCUCCUGACCAUAGUAGCACUAAGAAAAAUAAAUGACGCAAGAGAGAAGAGAUACCAAGAAAUAGAACAAAGAAGACUGCAGCAAGAAAGAGAAACCCGGGAAGCCCGCGAGAGGAUGUUACAAAUGCAAAGAGAGUAUAGAGAAGAAACCAAUCAAAAUGCCCCAGAUCCCAGAGAAAGUCAGGGCCCCCCGUCGUACACAGACGCCUUACUACUUCCAAGACUUGACUCAUCUCACCCCAGCUUAGCAGGUAGUUACCACUCAUUUGGUUCUAGAGGCAGCCUUCACGGCAGUAAUCCAGAAGUCAAUAAAAAAGGUAAAAUAAGACGAAAGAAAAGGCGGAGAAGGUCCGAGUCCGAAAGGCCUUCAGUACGCCAAGUUAGUGAAGAAUCUAAUGAGUCGGAAAGUGGACAGAGAGAACCGCCCCUUGAAAGCGAUUUUUAAUCUGUAAAUAUUAAGUAUUGGAUCAAAUACCAAAGAAAAGCGAGUGUUUUAUCAAAAAUAGUCGCUUAAUAGUAAUUAUGCGGAAUUAAAAUAUUUAAAAGGAGAUUUACAAAGUUGUUUCGCUAAAAUCUAUGCAAAAUCGAAGUGUUUAAAUAACGUAUUAGGGUAUUUGAUGGUAUGGUUCUAUAUUUUACCUAUUUGGUACUACUACAAGCAACUGGUUUUAUGAUCAUUACCAAUUGUCUGUUGUCUUAUAAACUCUUUUCUUACAGUUCGGAAAACACAUUCGUCCAAUUAUAUCUUAUAUUUUAUAUUAACUUAACAUUAAGAAACUGGUGAUGUUUAGGACAAAUAUUAUAUCUAAUGUAAUUUGUGACAUUACAAAACACCGACUUAUCUAUGUUUUCUCAUUACGGCGCUUCCUGAACACCAUUUUUCUUCAAUUAAUUGUCUUUGUUUAACUGGUUAUCUUUUGUUUUAAUUUCCAUGUAUUAGAAAGUAUUACUUCUCAAAUAGCAUUUUCUUAUAAUUGAUCAACUAGUUUGUUUUGUUAUUUAAGUCAGUGUCUUAGAAUUUUUUUUGAUACGUUGUAUUCAUAACGGCUUUUAUCUAACACCAUUUUUCUGUAACUAAUCAACUGGUUGUCCAUUGUUAUUUUAGUCAAUAUUUUAAACAUUCUUUUUUGGUGCUUUAGACAUCCCCAAAUUUUAAUUAACAUAAAGGAGUAAAACUAAACUCAUUUAAAGGUAAAUAUGAUGGAUUUGGCAAUGUUACCUGACAGAUCUUCUGUAUAUGCCUUAUAUCUAGGUUUCUAAGAAAGUUUACUAUCCAUUUAUGAAAGGCCAUCUAGGUUUCUACCUGCAUAGAAUCGAUAGAAAGCCUACUAUCCACUUUAAGUAUGAUGGCAUGGGCGAAUAAUUGCCCUGAUUGCGAUUUUAUAUAAAUAGUAUUUGAGUAUGCAGGGUCUAGUGGGGACACCUAUAAUUACUAUGAGUGCGGUCUUUUGAAGCUGCAAAAUUACUUUUGUAUAGCGAGCAGAAGGUUCUAAUAACUUUUUUGUUUAUCCCUGGAAUAGAAUAAGUUCCUUGUUCAUUUUAAGGAAUCUUCAAUUAUGCGGGAUUUUGAUACAUCACAGAAUGGCUCUGGUCUAAUCAAAGGAGUAUUAGUUGCUUUUUUAACAACGGUGUUAGUUCUGCUACACGACUGUUUGGAGUCUCAAACUGUUAUUAACUCAGAUGAAGUAAUAGACUUUACUACCUUCAGCUUUGCUUUAUGAGCUUCUUCUUCUUCUUAAAGUGCCCUCUCCUCAAUGGAGGUUGGCUACUACAAUUUUAAACUCUUCUCUAUCUUGAGCUGUUCUUAUUAGCUGUUCAAAAUUUAGCCCUGUCCAUUGUCGGAUGUUUCUGAGCCACUAUAGUUCUUUCCUUCCUAGGCCUCUCUUUCCCUCGAUUUUUCCUUUCGCUAUAAGUUGGACAUAUUGGUACUUAUUAUUUCUCAGUAUGUGGCCUAGGUAUGAUGUUUUUCUUACUUUUACUGUGUUAAAAAGUUCUCUUUCCUUGCCUAUUAUAUGCAGCACUUCUUCGUUUGAGGUAUGCGAUGUCCAUGAAAUUUUGAGUAUUGUCCGGUUUAUGAGCUAACAAAUAUUUUAAUUCAGAUGAGGUGUUUUUUCAGUUAAUUUUAAACAGGACAAUAUAGAAGUAUUUCCGUAGGCUCUGGAUAGUCUGGCUCUAAGACCACUAACUUCUAUCCCUACUCGUUUUGUUCCUGACUCAGAACUAGACUUUCAUAUGUAUGCACAGAAGAAAAAAGUCCAAAAGUACCUCUAAAGCUGUAGUAGGCCACGAUUUCAUUGCACUUAUAUUUACUAAACAUGCAAGUCUUCGCACUUUUUGCAACAAUGUUAUUACCUAGUCUUUUUAAGAUGUAUGACAAAAUAACCCAAGGCAUCUAUGGUGAAUUCUUAAUUAUAGGCAAAUCGAUCUUCGUGAAGGGGUAAAUUUCUCUCAUUCUUCUUCUUCUUAUACCAUGUGCUUUUAAAACAUUGGUUACCAUCAUAGCUAUCUUAAUUUUAUUCACUGCCAGUGCUAUUUUUCCUUCCAUGGUAUUUUGUAGUAACCUAUAUUUGGGAUCUCUCAUUACAUGUCCAAAAUACUCCAGCUUUCUCUGCUUGAUGCUUUUUAUGAUCUCAGUAGUUUUGCUGAGACGGAUGUAUUAGCUUCAGAAAAAUUUUCAAUAAGCAAUUUCACAAACUAAUGGUUCUGUAAUCAGCACAGGUUUUUGCUGUUGUUUCUUAGGUAGAGCUAUAAACAGUGAAUUAGACCAACCAUUAGGUAGUUGUCCGCUGGUAUAAAUGGUAUUCAAAAACGAAGUUAUAGCCUCUAAAAUAUUGUUAUUAUUUAUAAGCUUGUAUAUUUCAGUUGGAAUUUCAUCAAGACCAGUCUGCAAUUUUUUGAUGAUUGUAUGGCUUUUAUAAUCUCAGAGCGUGUUAUUAAACGUCCGUCGCAGUUAGUAAUAUCGGAAGGUGAACUACUCCUAUUGUCUUCGAAUAGGUUCGUGACAUAAUUUUCCCAUUCUUUAAGUUUGUCCUUUAUUUCAUAUAUUACUCUACCAUGUUCAUCCUGUAGCAAUGCCAUUUGUUUCUUAUUGAAGACACCAGCCACUUUUUUUACUUUUUUAUACAUGUUAAACGUGUCGUAUCUUUGUGUCGUUUUCAAGUUCUUCAAUGUCAUGACGCUGUUUGGCUAGACAUUGACUCUUUGCUUCUCGUAUUUUACGUCGAAUUUCUUUUUGUAUGCUAUUGUAAAGUGUUUCGUUGUUUUCCGCUAGUCGCCGUUGUUCCAUCAAAUCCAAUAUGUCAUCUGUCAUCCAAGCCUGCUUUUCUAGCUUUGAACUGCCUUUUAAAUUUCUCACACAGAUUUCUUUUACUAUUGUUACGAUUUUAUUAAAGCCCUCAUCGACGUUUUCACCCAUAUUUUCCAAAAUUAAAUUUUCGUUCAGUUGUCUUUGAACGGAUUCCUUAACUUUCUCGUCUUGUAAUUGGGCUGUAUCAAUAUUUUUGCGAAACUUCUUUUUGAUCACCUUUUUAGUUUUAAUUGGGUUACAACUACUAUGGGAUUGUGAUCAGACCCAAUGUCAGCACCUGGAUAAGUUUUAACUGAUUUGAUGCCGUUUCUAAACCGAUUUUUUAUUAGAAUAAAGUCGAUUUGGUUCCUAAUAAUUUUGUCCUCUGAUUCUGCAUUUGACUUCCAGGUGUAGAGUUUUCUCGAUGGUAGUUUAAAGUGAGUAUUCGAUAAAAUUAAAUCGUGUUCUUGACAGAACUGGACAAGUCGAUCUCCACGUUCGUUUCUGUUUCCCAAGCCAUAAUCCCCCACAAUGUUCAAAUAGCGUCCUUUGCCGAGCUUAUCGUUAAAAUCUCCGAGGACUAUGGUAUUUUCUGUAUCAGUAAGAUCUUUGUAAAAUGCUUCUAAUGCUUCUCUUAUUGUCAAGCAUUAACUGUGUAUGUAAGUGUUGAGUAUAUUUUUAUACUCUUCAGAAGACAGAAGGCUAGGAUGAUAUGUCUACAUGACUUUGGUAUAUCUGGCCACUCUUAGGAAUAAAACACACCCUAAUUUGUCGUUAUUCUUUUGGAACAUAACCUAAAAUUAAAUUGAUCUUUAAUAUGUUUCCAAAGUGAGGCAAUAGAAAAGAUAGAAUAUAUCGUGAUAGAAUAGCGAAAAGGAUAAUUCCACAUUAUUUCUAAACGAACUAUAAAAACAACGUUGAAAAAUCCGAAACGUAGGUUAACUACAUUUUCUAUUUAUAUUAUUUAAAAAGUGAGAGGAAAGUUGUAGUUUUUAAGAUAUUUACUAUAUAAACAAUUGUAAUGUUUAACGUUUACUAAAUUUUGAUUAAAAACAAACAAAAUUUUUAAUAGUUGUUUAUGUACUUUAUAAAACACAAAGUAUAGUUGCGGUAAAACAUAUAGUAGAACGCUCAGAUUUAUAGGUUUUGAUACUUCUGCUUAAAGAUAUAGUCCAGCGGCUGGUAGUUCUGCUAAUUACAAAUAUUCAUUUUUUACUUAGGUCUUUACUUUUUUUAAAACAGGAGUGUUGUCAUUAUUACACUUGUAAUUUGUUUCAAUAUUUUGCACAACACAAAAAUUAACAAGGAAUCACAUACUCAUACACUUAAUUCCUUUUCUCCUUCUUUCGUAUUUUCUGCGUUACUAUCAUCUUCUUCUUAUUGAUAUACAAUGACCUUUCACAACGUUCUUAUUGAAGAUCCCGACUGCUUGAAUUAUUAAUAGGUUUUGAAAAUUUGUAAUAACAUCGCUUCUUACUAUGGUAGGGUUCAUUUUAAACUAUCUUGUAUAAAGUUGAAAAUGGAAUGUCUGUUAAAUCAGAAGUUGCUGUACCAACAGUUUUUGUACACAUUGAAACAUAAUUGCUGUAUUUCAGCAUUUAAAUGGAUUCGAAUCUUCUUUAUGGCUACUUUUUUUUCAAGAAUUAACAUUCACACCAGCACUGGCUCUGACACUUUCUACAAAAUCAGUGUAGUUAAUAUUUUCGACCACAUUGUUCAAUGGACGCUCCAUCACUAUUCAAAUAAUGAAAUUACAGCAAGCAACAGUCUAGUCUCUACUAAUUAACUGCUUCAUAACUAAAACGCUUCGGGUGCACAGACAUCCUGUCUGUGCCGAAGGUAACAGUUACUGCAUCUUGUUCUUCUAAAUGUGCCUAUCUUCUAGAGUUGUUGGCGACCACAUUGACCCAUCUUAUUCGAUUCACAGCAGCUCGAAAUAGAUCAGUUGACGUUCAUCAUCAUCAUAAUUCCUCAACCUCUUGCAUCCACUGUUGGAUAUAGGUCUCCUCCAUGUUCUUCCACUGUUCUCUAUCUUGCGCCUUCUGUAUCCAAUUUCCGACUGUUUUUCUCAAGUCGUCCAUCCAUCUUUUUGGUGAUCUGCCUCGGUGUCUUUUGUCUUCUCUAGGUCUCCAUUCUAUGAGUCUUUUGGUCCACCUAUUAUCAUUUAAACGUGCUAUAUGUCCAGCCCAUCUCCAUUUGGCUUGUGCAAUUUUUUCUAUGACAUCUGUCACUUUAGUCCUCUCUCUCACUAUCCUAUUUGGUACCAUAUCUCUUCUAGUUAUUCCCAACAUUGCUUUUUCCAUUUUUCUUUGGGUUACUCUUAAUUUAUUUGCAGAAUGUUUGGUUAAAGUUAUUGUUUCGGUACCAUAUGUUAUUACUGGCAGUAUGCAUUGAUUGUAAAUCUUUUUCUUCAAGCAAAUCGAUAGCGUUCCUUUUAGAAUAUCUCGCAUCUUGCCAAAUGCUGCCCAUCCCAAGCCUAUGCGACGCUGGAUCUCACAAGUUUGAUUGUCUUUUCCUAUUCUAAUUUCAUGCCCUAAAUAGAUAUAGCUAAAGACCUGAUGUACUUCGUUCCCAUCUACCCUCAUAACAUCACUUGGAACUAAAUUGGUCAUGUAUUUUGUUUUUUCAAAGUUUAUGUUCAGGCCUAUUUGUUCUAUUGUCUGUUUUAUUUCUUCCAUCAUUUUUGUGAGCUUUAUUUAAACUCUCGGCUAUAAUGACAAUAUUAUCUGCAAAGCGCAAGUGCCUUAAGUAUUCACCAUCAAUAUUUAUUCCCCUUUUAGCGCAAUCCAGUUUUUUAAAGGCAUAUUCCAGAGCUGCAGUGAAUAGUUGGGGGGAGAUGGUGUCGCCCUGUCUAAUUCCUCGCUCAAUUCUAUAUUUAUCGGUAAAGUCAUGGAGUUUAACAGAUGCUGUGGCGUUGUUGUAUAUAUGUUUUAUCAAAUUUGUAUAUCUAUAGUCUACUCGGCUUUUUUCUAAUGCUCCUAAUACUGCCGGUAAUUCCACGGUAUCAAAAGCUUUCUUGAAGUCUAUGAAAAUCAACGUGAGUGGUUUAUUAUAUUCAACACAUUUUUCAAUUAGUAUUUUAAGUGCUUGUAAGUGGUCAUUUGUUCCAUAACCUUUCCUAAACCCAGCUUGCUCCUUAGACUGAUAGAAAUCUAAUUUUCGUUCUAAACGUUUUAUGAUGAUCUUGGUAAACCAUUUGUAGAGAUGUGACAACAGACUUAUCGGUCUAUAAUUCUCUAGGUCUGAUAUAUCUCCUUUUUUGUGUAUUAGGAUAGUAAUUGCAUUGUUCCAUUUUGUAGGGACAAUACCUUGGUUUAGACAUAGGUUGAAUAGUUCAGUUACUACUUCCAGCAGUUUCUUGCCUCCUACUUUAACAGCUUCUAUUACUAUUUGGUCAUCUUCCGGAGCCUUGUUGUUUUUCAUUUCCUUUAGAGUUCGUUUCACUUCUUGUAUCGUUAGAAAUUAGAAUAGCUAGAAUCGUUAGAAUAGCUUCGUAAGAGCUGUGAUUUGGUGUGACAAUAAUAGCUUUAAAAUUUCACCAUCCACCUCAUCAGAUCCUGGUGAUUCCCCAUCUUUAAUCCGCUUAAUGGCCAUAGUUACUUCUUUGUUUGUUAUUUCUGGGCUGUAAGGGUUGUUUAUUUCAGUCGGACUUCGUGCUGCAUCUUUGCAGUUAAUGUAUGGCUGCACGAAAGUAGAGCUAGGCAGUCACGCAAGAGCAAUAAUAUCGCUUGUUGUUCGUAGUAUACACAAUAUUUUUUCCACUAUCGGUAAAAUGGAACUUUUUUAAUAAAACCAUUUAAUAUAAAUAGUAUUUAUAAUUUGGAAGCUAGAAUUGCAUUCAGUAUACCCUUCACUAAUAAUUCCUGAACAUUUAGGGCGGCAUUCUAUAAAUUCUUGAUUGUUGUGACUGGCAUAUUCCCAUGUUUGUGUAUACGUUUUAUGGAUCAGCUAAAAUUUUCCAUACCAAUAUUUCAAUAUUUUUAUAAAUAAAUUUGGUUAUUGAAAUAUUUAACAAUUUCUUUCAAUAUUUCAUGUUUUUCUGCGAUUUAUCCUGGGAAAAGCCAUAACUAUAGUAGAAUAAAAUAUGUUUCCAAUCAUACUACAGGCAAGGUGUUUGAAGAUCCAGGAAGAAGAGAGAUAUCUUAGCUGCACAAGCCAAGAAAUUUUUUUAACUUGUAAUACUAAAAGACUUUUUAGGGCAUCAAUCAAUAAAACAAAAUAGCCAUAUUAGUAUCAAUAUUUUGUAUAUAGAACUAACUUGCUUAUUGAUCAUAGUGAAUGAUCAGAUAGCAAUAAUCAUAAGAUUCCUAUUGGAGUUUGAUUAAAUAAAAAAAAUAUUGGUAUCAAACAUCGUUACGCUUAAGCACUCCAAGAAUAUGAAGAAAUUAUUAUAGUGGAUAUCGUUUAUAUCGCAGUAAUUAGAACCGGCUAUAAUACCGCAAUCUUUUGUAUAAGUUUAAUAUGACGGUUUUUGCAACACUUGUGGUAUCAUAAAGUGUGUUUGGGGUAUAACUCCUGCUAUUUGCUGAACUAUUCUUUUGAUUAUUAUGUAGUGACCUGUACAAAUCGCGAAAAUUCUUCAGAUCCUAAUGUACAAGUGCAGAAAACUGACCAUUCUCACGAAAUGUCAAUGACAAAAAAAUUCUUUAUUAAGUAAUUUUUAAAAAAAUCCUAAAUGUUUUAAAAAAAAGUAUCAGACAACAUUUAUUGCGUAAUCGCGAUAUUACGUAUAAUAAAUCUAUUAGUAGAUCCCAUUAAUCUCAUUUGAUAUAUUAUGUUUUUUAUUUAUUGUUUGUUUAUUGCAGUACAAAAUAACUAAUCAAUAAAAAUUUACGCAAUGUUAUUGUAAUCUAAAAAUGUGAUAAUACUUUUGUUAAAUAGUUAAUAAAUUGUUUUAAAACUCA